CGCCUCUGUCGGUCUCACUUCAGAACUCCGCUGAAACUCGGACGCAACAGGCAUGGAGGACCUGAGAAAGCAGGCUGACCCAGCAGGAGUGCAGGUUAUAAGAAACAAUUAUAAGAAGGCCUUCAAGUUUCUGUAUGAGGGUCAGAUGCAAGACUGUGCUGGCCACCAGGCCUGCGCACUGGAACUCUACCAGCGGGCACGGCAGCACCUCCUCCAUGGGAUUGGUGUACCCACCACGGGGAAAGAGUGCUCGGGUUCUGCCUGGGACUCCGCCCGACAGAUGCAACACAAAAUGAGGGAGGCCCUGAGCAACAUCAGUGGCCGCCUGGCCACAUUGGAUAGUGUGUCGGUAGGGUUCAUACCAGCUACAACCACCUUGCAGAACCCCUCUCUGAAACCACCGCUAAAGAAAAGCCCUACUAUGGGCAAGCUGCCCAUGCCCAGCAGAGGCCUUGUCAGCAAACAGUCUGUGGAUAUCUCCUCCCCAAUGCAGCCCGGAGUUCCAGGUGAACUGCCCCCAGCCUAUACCCCUCAGGCAACGGAUGGCCACAGCACCAUCUCGUAUGGCACCCAGGCAGGAGAGUGCUCACUGGUGGAGAACGGGUGUUUCAAAUUGGAUUCCUGCCCAGAGGACUUGAGACGGUCCGGACAGGAACUCCUUUUUAUUCCUCGGGGAGCGCAGAUAUUCUUUGUAGCUCCAAAUGGACAGGUCAGCACCCCUUCCUACCCAGGCUACCUGCGCAUCGUCAAGCUUACCAACAAGCUCUCGGACAGGACACCUAACUGCACACCUGCUUUCCUGCAGGUGUGCAACUGGGUGUUUAGUCUCUCUCCAGACACCCCUGUCUUACUGUGCAACUCAGGGGUCUUUGUGUUCCCUGACACAAGGGUCACAACACCAGGGUCCUAUGUGGGAGUUAUGCUCUCCUCGGAGUUGCCCCUUUCGGACAGGAAGAUGUUUGAGGACCAACUCCUGAAGCUGACAGACCUGAGAAUGCAGGCUCCAGAUGAUAUGCUGGACACUCUGAAUCUGAGUGAGAAAGUCCCCCUAGAGUCCACAGACCAGGUGAAGGGAAAGACUGCCACCAUGGCACCGGAGCAGGUCCAGGAAGAGAAGCCUGUGCCAGAAUGGAGUGAGAAGUUUGCCCGUGGAUUCCUCACAGGUGCCUCACGGUUGAGCAGGGGGCUGGUGAAAGGGGGUGAAUACACCGGAAACGCCAUCCACAAGGGGGGAGCCAAGUUACGGGAGCAUAUCACCCCUGAGGACAAGCCUGCUGAAGUCAACCCCAAUGUCACCAAGGGGUUGCAGUUUACCCAACAGGCCACAGGGGGCGCUGUCAAAGCUGGUAACUUCCUAGUUGAUGGUGCGUGUACAGUGGCCACCGGUGUGGGCAGACAGCUGGGACCACAUGUGAAAAAGCAAGGCAGCAAGCUGGUCCCUGAAUCAGUGAAGAAAGGAAAGGAUGAAAACUCCAAUGUCAGUGGGGCCAUGCAUGUUGCAUCCAGCAGCGUGCAGGGACUUGCAACUGUGUGGUCUGGACUGGAAGUGGCAUCUAAGUGUAUAGGGAAGAGCAUGGCAUCAGAGACUAUCUCCACCGUGAAGCACAAGUACGGGGAGGAAGCAGCCCAGGCUACCAAGACUGCAGUCCAUUCCACUGUCAACGUGGGUAUCGCUGCAGUCACUUUCAGCCAGCUGGCCUUGAACGUCUUUGUGAAGAUGGUGAGGAAACAGGCACCCCCACCCCUGGAGAACCCAAGCAUUCAGGAAAAAAAUGGAGAAAGAGGGAAAACCAAAGAAGGGUAGCUGAGCUGGGCCA